GUGAAUAUGGAGUGUUUCUAGCCUGUCCACGUAGGAUAAUAUAUUAGACCAAUCAAAACAUUCCAAUAAUACACGCUGGCAAAUAAAAAAAAAAAACUUCGACGCAAGAUGUAUAUCACGAGGCUCUCACUUCGUGCUCUUCUUCUUCACCUUUCUUCACCAUCGUUUCAGUUCUCCCGAUCCAGAACCCCCACAAUCAAUACUCCACUACAUCUCGAUUCAAUUGAGUUACCUCCGACGCUAAGUGACCUGGAUCUCACGGUGAACCGUUUAUCGGAAUUGGACUCGAGGAUCGCUCACCUCUCUAUGCUCAAGAAGCUUUCUCUUCGCCAAAACCUAAUCGAAGACUCCGCCGUCGAGCCUCUCUCUCGCUGGGACGCGUUGUCCGAUCUCGAGGAGCUGAUUCUCAGAGAUAACAAGCUAGCAGAAGUACCAGAUAUAAGCAUAUUCUCAAGGCUUUUGGUCUUUGACGUAUCUUUCAAUGAAAUCACUUCGUUGGAAGGAUUAUCAAAGGCCUCUAGCACGUUGAAGGAGCUCUAUGUGUCUAAGAAUGAAGUUUACAAGAUUAUGGAAAUUGAACACUUGCACGACUUGCAGAUUCUUGAGCUAGGGUCCAAUAGAUUGCGGGUUUGGAUUUGUCCUGAUUACUUUACAAUGUUUUAGCAAUGAAUAUGAAAGCAUUGAGAUUUAUUCAGGUGAUGGUGAAUAUGGAGAGCUUGACAAAGUGAAUAUGGAGUGUUUCUAGCCUGUCCACGUAGGAUAAUAUAUUAGACCAAUCAAAACAUUCCAAUAAUACA